AUGAAAUUCUCCUUGAUUGCCGCUUUGACAUCUGCUGCUUUGGCUGCUCCUGAACCAAAGGACAAGAGGUACUACUACUGGAUCGAUGCCUCAUUCAACUCCUCGGCGCCCACUCUUGCUUCUCCAGAAACACCACCAUACACUUAUGCUAAUCCCACCACGUUGAAUACCAAUAUCACUGCUAGCAGCUCCGGUGUCGCCACCGACACCCGGUUCAAAGCACAGUCAAAGAACGGUGCUGCUGUGCUAGCAUCGGGCUCCUUGUUGUCAUUGGUCGUUCUAUCUUUGUUGUAA